AGAACGCAGCAGGGAGCGAAGAGUCCGGACGCACAGUGAGCUGCAUUUAGUGGAGCACACCGGAAGAAACAACAACAACAACCGUAGUUAUUCAACAAGCACCGGGCCAAUUAGCGGAACUCUGCUGGGAUUACUGAUCGGGACACUUUGGAGCACAACAGAACUCCGCGCUCCGGACACCCAGACACCCAGGCCCGGAGCGGGACCCCGGUGUGUGUGUGUGCGUGCCUUUUUAGACCGUGUGUUGCAAAGAGAAACCGCGCCCCGUGAGUGCGAGGAUGAGGGCCGUCACCGCUCUGCUCUGCCUCCUGAUGGUCGCCGAGGUCGGAGCCUCUCGGUUCGCCCGCGACGCCCAGAGCGACCCCGCAGGUUCGGAGCCGUCCAGGAGCAACGCCUCCGUCCCGCUGCUGGGCCGGCCACGGGGCUCCUUCCCCCCCAUGUGCAUAAAGCACACGGAGAUCAAGCACACCUUCAAGUACAUCAACACCAUCGUGUCCUGCCUGAUCUUCGUGGUGGGAAUCAUCGGCAACUCAACGCUGCUCAGGAUCAUUUAUAAGAACAAGUGCAUGAGGAAUGGACCCAAUGUCCUGAUCGGCAGCCUGGCUCUGGGAGACCUGCUUUACAUCAUCAUCACCAUCCCCAUCAAUAUGUUUAAGCUAAUAGCAGAGGACUGGCCGUUUGGAGGGUACAUCUGUAAGUUGAUGCCGUUCAUCCAGAAAGCUUCAGUGGGAAUCACCGUUCUCAGCCUGUGUGCUCUUAGCAUUGACCGCUACCACGCUGUGACGUCAUGGAGCCGGGUGAAGGGGAUGGGCGUCCCUCUGUGGAAAGCGGUGGAGGUGACUUUGAUCUGGCUGGUCGCUGUGAUGCUCGCAGUCCCCGAGGCGCUGGCAUUCGACAUGCUGGAGAUGGCGUACAGAGGCCACAAGCUGCGCGUGUGUCUGCUCCUUCCGGAACAGACAACCAGCUUUAUGAAGUUCUACCAGGACGUGAAAGACUGGUGGCUGUUUGGCUUCUAUUUCUGCCUCCCGCUGGCCUGCACUGGAGUCUUCUACACACUGAUGUCAUGCGAGAUGCUGAGUCGCAAAAAGGGCAUGCGCAUCGCACUCAACGACCACAUGAAACAGCGGAGGGAAGUCGCGAAGACGGUGUUCUGCCUAGUGUUGAUUUUCGCCCUCUGCUGGCUGCCCCUUCAUCUCAGCCGCAUUCUGAAGAAAACAAUCUACGACCAAAACGACCCCAACCGCUGUGAACUGCUCAGCUUCCUGCUCGUGAUGGAUUACAUCGGCAUGAACAUGGCCUCCCUAAACUCCUGCAUUAACCCGAUUGCCCUCUACUUUGUCAGCCAGAAGUUUAAAAACUGCUUCCAGUCUUGCCUGUGCUGCUGGUGCUACAGAACGUCUCCACUGGACGAACGGGGUUCGGGAGGACGCUGGAAAGGCUCCUGUCACGGGAACGGACUGGACCGCUCCAGCUCCCGCUCCAGUCAGAAAUACACCAGCUCUUCAUAGACACCCGCGCACGCACACACACACACACGCACAGACACACACGCACACGCACACGCACAGACACACACACACGCACACACACACGCCACACACGUCUUCUGCCACAUUCCAAACAGCUCCCAUCGACGAGAAACAGCCGCCACAGCCAACCGACCGCGAAGAGAGAGAAGCCCGUUCUCCUUCUACGGGACCGGAGAACAAAAAACGGGACGGAGCCAAGUGGACGAAUGGAAGCACAGGACCCACGUCCCACCUGUUAGGACGCCGUCGUACUGACAGAUAAAACAACGUAUGAUGAAUAUGAUCAUACUCCCGAACACUGAGGCUCGCGUAGAGGACUGAACGCUUUCCCAGUGGACCAACGUGGUCAACACAUUUAUAAAGAAUGUUUAUUAAAGCCGUAUGUAAAUAUAUGUACAGGAUUAUUUACGAGCAGACUGCAGACCGAUGAUUAUACAGAGCCAGCGUAUAAAAGUGCUACCUGUUGAGGCUUUGAUACACAGGGGAAGAUGAGAGAGAGAGAGAGAGAGAAGAAAAACUGUGACCACGAGUUGUGUUCCAAAAGGUCUUUUUUCUUUCUUUUUUUUAAAAAUGCACCUCGGCAUAGAAACACAAAAGCUAAUAAUCUACAAUCAACUACAUGCUGUCCUUGAGCUCCCCAACGCCCAUGUUCCGCGGUGACAUCAUACCGGGGUGAAAAGGGUCAUGUUGAGAACCAAUCAUCAGAUAUCUUUUUAUCUGGAAAUCAUCACCGCUUCGAGUCAUGUGGAGGCCAGCUGUUGUCCUGGGACUCUCAUGCUACACAGAGGACAUGGUUUUAUUAUUUUAUGCUUUUAUUCUUGCAGCGUCGGUGAUGUUAUACGCAUGUAACUGUCAGUCCCACUGUGUACGUCUUAACCUCUCCUUCAAUGAAGCCUUUCUAUUUUUCUAAGAAGUAUAUCACAAAGGAUGUGAGGCCUGUUCCACCUCCCAGCAUGAGGUCUCCAUUUAUUAUUUCCCCUUCAGUGUGUGGUCAUGUUGCAACGAUUUUCCAUCUGUCUGGAAAAUGGAUUCUGAGAGAAAAAAACGCAUGACAUUUAUUAACUGUUGGAUUGUCAUCGGAAAUAUUAUGAUGUAUUAGUUGCUUCCUUUGAAAUGUAAUCCAGGUAAAUGUGUCCUCUUGCAAAAAAGAAACCGGACAUGGUGUUUGUCCACACUGACAUGGAUUUGAUUUCUGUAGAAGGUUUGGACAGAAUAUUUCCAUUUCCGCUGUAUUAGAGUGAUCAAAUCGGCUGAGGAUGCAAUGUGUGACCCACUACAUGGUCAUAUGCAUUCAUAUGGAUAUGUAGUUCUCCCUGUUUUACAUAUAGAGGCGACUGUGUACUAGAAAGUGGGGCCAAGCUACGACUUUUAGAAGUAAUUUGAGGUUGAAGAUCAAAUGCAAUGUGAAUAUUGGCCCUGGUGUUUUAAAAUCACAUUUAUACUUAUUUGUUGAGAGUAUGCUGUAAUAAAUAUUAUUUUAU